AUGUUGCCUUUAAUCACCCUCGAAGAGCAUUACGUAUCAUCCACGGUCAGAGCGUCACAAAAGGUUGAUCGAUAUGCCAGCUUUCCACCACAGCUAGUGGCCAAGUUGAUGUCACUUGGCGAUGAGCGGAUUCAAGAUAUGGACAAUGGCAAUGUGUCGCUGCAAAUCAUUUCACAUGGACCGGGUAUAAGACCACCGCCGAUCUGCAGAGCCGCAAACGAUGAAUUGUCAGUCGCCAUCUCCAAGAAUCCUAGUCGAAUGGCAGGAUUUGCCAUGCUGCCGAUGAACAACCCAGAUGCAGCCGCCUCUGAACUCGAACGAUGUGUCCGCGACCUCGGGUUUGUCGGCUCAUUGAUCGAUAAUCACGUCAACGGAGGAAUGUACGAUGAUGAGCGUUUCUGGACCGUUUUCGACAAAGCACAGGAGUUAGACGUCCCGUUAUAUAUUCACCCUUCGUUCGCGGCCGACAAUGAGCGAUACAAAGGAAACUACGAUGACUCGAUCGCUAUGGCAUUGGGCGCGUUUGGAUGGGGAUGGCAUUCGGAGACAGCACUGAGCAUCUUGAGGAUGUUCGCUAGCGGACUUUUUGACCGCUUCCCGAGUAUCAAAAUCAUCAUUGGACACAUGGGUGAGAUGCUACCUUUCCAAUUUGAAAGGGUGAUCACGAUCUCAGAUAAGUGGGGGAAAAAGAGAAACUUCAGGGAAGUGUGGAAAAAUAAUAUCUGGAUCACGACAAGUGGCAUGUUUGCACUUCCCCCGCUAUUGUGUUUGCUACAAACGACUUCGAUUGAGCAUGUAAUGUACAGCGUGGACUAUCCAUUCUCGGCAAAUGAGACAGGGUCUGCAUUUAUUGAGGGGAUUCGGAAGAGCGGCCAAGUCACGGAGGAUGACUUGCAGAGAAUUGCUUUUCGCAAUGCCGAGAAUUUGCUUGGGGUUAAGGUGAGCCGCGAAUAA